GUUUUCCCAAGUUGUUUAUUUUGUUUAUACAAGAAGUUUAAAAUUCAAUAAUGUUGUUCACGGUUUUAAAAGUACUGUUAAGAAUUUAUGUUUUCUGCGAUCUUUAUGAUAGCCUUAAUAAAUGUUUUACGAAUAAUGUAGAAAAAAAAAACUUUUUAAAUUAAUAGUGCAUGUUAAUUUUUUGACUAUUAUCCGCUUUGGCAUCAAUUUACGCAGGUAUGAUUAUUUGGAUGCAACCGGAAUUGCUUCUUGGGACACCUUACAUUUUAUCCAUAUGGCACACCGACGACGACCACGGUAAUCGCGCAUCGCAUUUCGUUCUGCUGGCAUAUUCCAUCGCUUCAUCCAUCGCCACCCGCACCCCUUAAGCCGACCCUAUAGGAGAAGUGGCACGUAGGUUGCUGGCAAACAUCAAUCUUCCUGCUUUCGUCCAAAGGUAGGUAGCUGCUCCCAUAUUUGCUUGCUAAUGCCAAUCUUGUCCGAGACGCAACGACGAUGGAUGACUCGGCUCGGCUCAGUUUGUUGCAGGCUGGUAAACAGAAACACUGUCUGUCCGGUUCCAGUGAGUGCUUCCACCGAUGCUCAGCGGUGCGUGCCAUCCCUGUGCAAUCUCGUGUUUUGGCGGCAUCAGCAGAGACAGACCUGUCCAGCAAAAUACGUCCAGGUACCGAGUUGGUAGGCAGCAGUGUAGACUCAUUUGCACUGGAGUUAUGCGCCCAUAACUGUCUGCCCUCUGUCAACUUCGUCCCCAAGAGGUGAAAUAGGCAGGGGUGGAAAUAGUUAGCGUCAGUCCAGACAAGACAGGGGACUUCAAUCGCGAGAGAGAAUGUGGUGAUCGAGCUCAGUGAUUUUCUCUCUCUCGUUUCGUAUGGGCGUCGUCGACGUCGUUUGACGCGCUCCGCUUUGUGUCGCUGUUCGUAUCAGUCGAUCAAGAGCGGAAAUCGAUCAACAGAGAGCAUGUGGCAGUCAGUCGAAGGGAAUGCACGAGAGAAUAAGGUCGGAGGCGUCGGUGCGCUUAAGUCUAUCGCUUGGGGACUUUAAGUCAGUCCAGCUUAAACCGUGCUCGUGAGUGGAAGUGAUUUUUGCGGCGUAGAGAUUCAGAUUAGUCGGUGAUUUUGUAUUGUGGUUACGGGGACCGAUAUUGUUGACAGAAGUGUAUAGGGGCUACCUUACGAUGACGACGUCCGGUCGGUUGUUGUUGAACAGCGUCAGCAUUGUUCGGUAUUUUGUAUAACUAUUACGGGGGGCAGACAGCAAGAAGACAACGAAGAAGCGAGCUGAUAGUGUUUGGUCACUGUUUCGAUUAGCUAGUGACUGAGUACAACUGUUGUAUUAUUGGAAACAGAACUUGGUCGUCUCGGUUCUGGCGGAUGAAUGGCGGCAUCGUUAUCAGCAGUUGUGGUAUUGUGAUUUUUUUUUGCGUAAAUAAGCAAGGAGGAAAAGUGGCUCUGAAGCACUAUUUUUGGAUUAAAACAGUGAGUGGUAUUGUAAUUGGUGGAAUGCCAUGUCUGUUUGAAAUGAAGCAGAGCAUAAUUGCUUGAUAAGUGAGACAAGCGUGGAGCCGUUGGCGGGCUCUGAUGAUUGGGAGAGUGAGUUGGAAACGAAGUUUCUUUGAAGAAAAAUUGUUGAGGCCAGCAAGAAAGUGAAUGAGAUAAUGCACCAGAAAUAAUUGGCCUGUGAAAAUAAAAAUUGGUGUUCCCCAGAAGAGAUCCGAGAAAAGUCGCGAAAACAGUCUUCUUUGACAGUCGAAGAGCGAGAGUGCAAUCAAAGCGUAAAUUGAGCGAAACCAAACAGCAAACCGACGACUGAAAGCAAAACAAAGUGAAAAAAGUUGGGCAAUUUUUUCGGAAGAAGUUGUGCUUGGUGUUAUGAAUAGUGGGCUAAUUUCGGAAGCCGGUCAGAAAAUGAUUCAAUGAACAAAUUGGUUGCUGAUUGCUGACGAAAGGAGACGAAAGCAUCGAACAAUUAUAGAAAAGAGACACAGCGAAGCAGUGGUUAAGGCAGGAGCGACCUUUUGGAUUAAAUACAUUUGCAAUCGGAUUGAAUUGAUCGACAGCACCCAAAGAUGCUGAAACACGUGCAGAUCUCGCCGAUGCGCAGCCGGGCCGAUUCGCUCUCGAUGCGGUCGUCGACCUCGUGUGCCUCGUCCCUGUGCGGAAGUCCUGAACCGCCGAACGAUCAGCUGCGAAGUCACUCGCGGGCGUCCAGCUAUUCUAGCCUGAACGAAACCAUUCCACAGACCACCAUCAAAAUCUAUACGGCGUGCCUGCGCCAGGACAUCGAGUACAAAACGCUCGGCAUUUCGUACGACGCCACCAGCAAGAGCGUCGUUCAGCAGCUGCUCCGAAGAUGUAAAAUGCGACAUCGCGAUCCGCGGCUGUUUUAUCUGACGAUGGAGGUGACCGUGCGGAGGCCGGGCGUCAAAUCGCUGCUGGAGUUGGACGACGAAGCAAGGCCGGCCCUGCUACAGGCUUGCCACCCGAAGGGGGACUCCAGAUUUUGUCUCCAGCAAAAACCUGGCGGUCUGAUCCGAGUGCACACCUCGGCUCUGCAGCCCAACUCCCAGUACAAAUCGCUGCUCAUUUCAGAAGAAACCACCUCCGAUGAGCUACUUUCCCUUCUCCUGUCCUGCUACAACUCCAUUGAACCGGUCGAACAGUUCAGCCUGUACGAAGUUUGCCCCGGCCAGGAAUACCAACGAAAGCUCCACCCGGACGACCUUCCGCUCAAAACUCAGCUCCAACGCCAGCAAAAGAACGAAAUCAUGCACUUUCUGGUGCGCCGAAACCCGAACUAUCCGCGAAGACGCCAAAUGUUGGCGCCGAUUUCCGAAGCCAAACACUUCAUCAUCGGACCCGGCUCGUUGACACACCACAGGCUUUCACUACAUUCGACUACCUUCCCGCUUAGCGCCGUAACCACCCCGACCAAUACGCUCAUUUCGGACAUUGUGGACGGAGUUUCCUCGCUGAACAACUUGAAGGAGGCGAAGAGCUUGGCACUGCGGGAAUCGUGUUUGUCUUCGUCUUCUUCGUCCUCAUCCUGCUCCUCAUCAUCUUCGUCCUGCUCGAGUUCGAGCAGCUCCAGUAGUUCCAGCAGUCGAGCUAGCGAAGACAACAACAACGAUGAGCGAAGUUGUUGUCUUCAGUGCAAGUCUGGCGGAAGUGGAAGCGUUGAUCAGGAUUGUGACCAGUGUCAACGGAGAUCGGUAGACGUAGUUGACGGCCCCGCUGUCAAAGCCCGCAACGUAGAUCGAUGUCAACAGGCUCCGCCUCGACCUUCAAAAGCUUCGCUCCUACCAUCCUCCCUCCUGAUCGCCCCAAGUGUACCUUCCUACAAUCCGGUCUACAACAUCCGAGAAAUUCGAACCGUCUGUAAUUCGUUUUCGUCGCUCGGAAUCGACAAGAAACUGGUGGACAUCGAAAGGAUCGACAACCGAACGAGCAGUGCCAGCAUGACCGGUAACGUGACGAGAAGCACCGUGGUGAAGGAAGCCGUUAAUACCGAUCCCAUGAAGGGGGUGGGGAACUUCAUCUACAUUUAAGUGCGAACAACGAGCCAUCUGCACGAGAUAUAGAGUUAUAGUGAAUUCGAACGGCACCGAAGGCAACAGAGUUUGCGAAUAUGUUUUGUUUCGUCCACUAGUCACAGUUAUUAAUGUUAUUAAAUCGAUUUUAUUUGAUGUUUCUCAUAUUUUUUUCUUGUGCUGCUUCUUAAUAAUAGCGAUCAAUCAAAGAGUGAUAGUUUUCACAAGUCGAGAAAAAAUUUCCGCAGCAAUAUUUACAUACAAUGUGCGAUUAUUCCCUCCUAGGUAUGAGAUGUUUGAGUAACAAUCUCGUUUAGAUAGUUUGAAAAAAUAACAAAAAACUGUCCAAAAUUCACAGUUUAAUUUCGAAGCCUGUAAUGUCAUAGAGAAUGUCGAAUGAGAUUCACAAUUAUCGAAUGAUAUCUCUUAUGUGUUAAGUGAAAUGAUAAUUUUGUGCAUCAAAUGAUACUUCAGUAUAGUUUCCUACAAUAUCGACUGAAGCUCAGAUUUAAUUCCAAUAACGUAAUUUGAAUAUUUGAACGAGAUCCAACCAAACAAGCUGAUACCGAAUCAGAACUCAUCCAAAAAACGAGCAACCCAAGUGUAAAAUAAACAGAACAAAGCGAGUAAUUGAAGCCAAAAACUGAAUCAGAAAACUCCUCAGACAAUCGACAAAGAAGAUGUUUUAUUAUUUUUCCCCAAUCAGUGUAUUUGCAUUCACCUGCUCCCUAGCUAGGUAUAUAAAUCUCACACUGAACGUGAAGCGGUUGUGCGAACAGCAUAGCCAAUACUGUAAAGUAAUUUAAGCUAUACUUAAAGUCUAUAUUUGGAAACGAGCGCUCCAUGCCAAAGAAUCGUAUAGUAGCUUGUAAGAUAACAUCUCCGGCAACCGAACAGAACUCCAAUAUCCCUUCACUCCCCAUAAACUCAUUGUUAUUCUUAAGGCUAUGAUGAGCACGUGCAUCAUCGAACGAGAAUCGAAUGCAUCAGUUGUACCAAAAAUCAUAUUCACAGACUUCGCUUGCAUCCCACUGAGUAGGAAAGGAAAGGAUAGUCAAUCAAACAGCAUACAGUUAUUAUUAUACACGAAUAGUCAGUUCCAUUCUUCAACCGAAUUAUUAAAAACAAUGUAUACAGAAACGACUCGAAGAAGAUAUUAAUAUUGACCCCCCGAGAUGGAUGUGUUUCUCCCAAAAAACGAGCACGUCCAUCGAUACACUCGAGAGGAGUUCGCCAAAUCCCGUUGCGAUCAGUUGAUUCCAAUCGGCAAGGAUGUGGUCGAACAGUCUCUGCAACAUCUCUCUGUAUCCAUUAUUAUCGAAAAAUAUACGAAAAUGAUUUGAGUGAAAAUUUAA